AUGUCAUGGGUGAAUAACGUGGACGAGGUUCUGGAGCGGCACAAUGACUUCUUGGAGUCGUGUCUAGGUGACUGUAUGUUGACCAGCCCCCAGCUGUUGAAGGCUGUCACCACUCUGUGCCUCGUCUGCGUGCAGUUUUGCACCUUUAUACAGGAGAUGCGAAAAUACUUCGUGGACGCCGAACUAAACAGUAUGCUUGGGACGACCUAUGAUAAUGAUUACGAGACCACGGUAAGUAGUGCGGAGGCUGUUCCCGGGUCGGGCUCGGCGGAUUCGUUCUCUCGUUCCGUGUCACGCUACGGGCUGAGGUUCACGGCAGCGCUUCUGUCCGUUCUGGCCAUCAUCGAGCGAAUGGCCAGAGAUAACAACACCAACAAGCUGCUCAACAUAUCAGCCAGAUUAAAUUUCAACACAUACUACGUGAAGCAGUUGGAGAAGUUCUGUUCUGACGAGACGCUCCUAGAGACGGACAAGAAGUCGGGCGCCUCCUAG